AUGUCCAAUACCGGUGAAAUCGAUGAGAGUCUGUACUCUCGUCAAUUGUACGUUUUAGGCAAAGAGGCCAUGUUGAAAAUGCAGCACUCUAAUGUUUUGAUUAUCGGUCUCAGGGGAUUGGGUGUCGAAAUUGCUAAGAACAUUGCACUUGCAGGUGUUAAGUCUUUGACAUUGUACGAUCCAUCAAGCGUAGAGAUCCAGGAUCUUUCUACGCAGUUUUUCCUUACCGAGCAAGAUGUUGGGAAGCCCAGAGACCAAGUUUCGCAGCGGAAGUUGGCUGAACUGAACGCUUACGUACCUAUUAACCUCUUGGGUUCACUGCAAGAAGAGAAGCAAUUGCUAAACUAUCAAGUUGUAGUUGCCACCGAUACCGUAUCAUUAGAGCAGAAGGUGAAACUCAACAAUUUCUGUCAUGUUGCAGGUAUCAAGUUCAUCUCUACUCAAACGAGAGGUUUGUUUGGUAAUGUUUUCGUUGAUUUCGGAGAUGAGUUUACUGUAAUUGAUCCAACAGGCGAGGAACCUCAGUCUGGUAUUGUUUCUGAUAUCGAGCCUGACGGAACAAUUACUAUGCUUGACGAUAACAGACAUAACUUGGAGGAUGGAGAUUACGUAAAGUUUUCCGAAGUCGAAGGAUUAGAGAAAUUGAAUGACGGAAAGCCAUACAAGGUUGAAGUUUUGGGUCCUUUUGCUUUCCGUAUUGGAUCAGUGGAGUCGAUGGGAACUUACAAGAAGGGCGGUGUUUUCACACAAGUGAAGAUGCCACAAAAGAUUGCCUUCAAAACCUUGCAACAAUCUCUAUCAGAACCGGAGUUUCUAUUUUCCGACUUCGCAAAGUUUGACAGAGCUGGUGUGUUACAUUUAGGUUUCCAGGCUUUAGAUCAGUUCCAAGUAAGACAUCAAGGGGAGCUUCCCAGACCUAUGAAUGAUGAAGACGCUAAUGAGGUCGUCAAGUUGGCCUCUGAAUUAGCCGCUCAAGUACCAAAUGUCUUAGGUGAAGGUGUGAAAAUCAAUGUGGAUUUAAUUAAAGAGCUUUCUUAUCAGGCGAGAGGUGAUAUUCCCGGUAUCAUUGCCUUCUUUGGUGGCCUAGUUGCCCAGGAAGCGCUAAAAGCAUGUUCCGGAAAAUUCACGCCUCUGAAGCAGUUUUUGUAUUUCGACUCUUUGGAAUCUUUACCAGACGCCGAGAAAUACCCCAGAACCACAGAAAACACCAAGCCUAUCAACUCUCGUUACGACAGUCAAAUUGCAGUUUUUGGGUUGGACUUUCAAAGAGCUAUCGCUAACUUGAAGGUGUUUUUGGUUGGUUCCGGGGCUAUUGGAUGUGAGAUGCUGAAAAACUGGGCUUUGUUGGGUUUAGGAUCGGGUCCAAAUGGACAAAUUUUCUUGACCGACAAUGAUACCAUUGAGAAGUCUAAUUUGAAUCGUCAAUUUUUGUUCAGACCAAAAGAUGUGGGUAAAAAUAAAUCUGAGGUCGCUGCAGAUGCUGUCUGCGUUAUGAAUCCAGAUCUAACAAACAAGAUUCAUGCGAUGACAGAUAAAGUUGGUCCAGAAACAGAAGAUCUGUUCAAUGAUAAAUUCUGGACUAACCUCGAUUUUGUUACCAAUGCAUUGGACAAUGUUGACGCACGUACUUAUGUUGACCGUCGCUGCGUUUUCUUCAAGAAACCUUUGCUAGAAUCAGGUACACUUGGUACAAAGGGUAACACACAAGUCGUUAUCCCCAAUCUCACCGAGUCAUACUCUUCUUCGAGAGAUCCACCGGAAAAAUCCAUCCCUCUUUGUACGCUACGUUCUUUCCCCAACAAGAUUGACCAUACCAUUGCUUGGGCUAAAUCAUUAUUUCAAGGUUACUUCACGGAGGCCCCAGAGAAUGUUAACAUGUAUCUAACCCAACCAAAUUUUGUGGAACAAACAUUGAAGCAAGCUGGUGAUGUUAAAGGAAUUCUUGAAUCGAUUUCAGACUCUUUGAAGAAUAGGCCCUAUGAUUUCGAGGAUUGUGUCAAGUGGGCACGCUUGGAAUUUGAGAAAAAGUUCAAUCACGAAAUUAAGCAACUUUUGUACAACUUCCCAAAGGAUGCAAAGACGUCCACAGGGGCACCAUUCUGGUCAGGCCCUAAGCGUGCACCAGAGCCACUCGAAUUUGACAUCUCAAACCCCAAUCACUUCCACUUCGUUGUUGGUGGAGCAAACUUGCGUGCCUUUAAUUAUGGCCUCAAAGGUGAUGAUGGUGAACCUGAUGUGAACUUCUACUCGUCUAUUUUGCAGAAUAUAGAAAUUCCCGCCUUUACUCCUAGGUCUGAUGUAAAGAUCCAAGCUAAUGAUGACGAGCCUGAUCCAAAUGCAGACAAUGCUGUUGGAGGCGAUGCGUUGGAAGCUUUAGCCGCCAGUUUGCCAGAUGCUUCGACCCUGGCUGGUUUCAAGCUCAUUCCUGUUGAGUUCGAGAAGGAUGAUGACACCAAUCAUCAUAUUGAAUUUAUCACCGCAGCAUCCAAUGAUAGAGCUCUAAACUACUCCAUUGAACCUGCUGAUCGUCAAAAAACGAAAUUUAUCGCGGGCCGUAUCAUUCCAGCGAUUGCAACUACAACAGGUCUGGUAACUGGGCUGGUUAACCUGGAACUGUACAAAGUGGCAGAUGGGCAAACUGAUAUUGAGAAGUAUAAAAAUGGUUUCGUGAACCUGGCUCUUCCAUUCUUUGGUUUCUCUGAACCUAUUGCGUCUCCUCAAGGCAAAUAUAACGAUAAAAGCUACGAUAAAAUAUGGGACAGAUUUGACAUCAAGGGAGAUAUCACACUUAAACAACUCAUCGACUACUUCGAGAAUGAAGAGGGUUUGGAAAUCACUAUGCUUUCAUAUGGUGUAUCGCUAUUAUACGCCUCGUUCUUCCCUCCUAAAAAGUUGAAGGAACGCAUGAACUUGCCAAUCACGGAGGUUGUCAAACUUGUUACUAAGAAGGAAGUUCCAUCUCAUGUUAGAAAUAUGAUUCUUGAGAUAUGUGCUGACGAUAAGCAAGGUGAAGACGUGGAAGUUCCAUACAUCACUGUCCAUUUGUAG